AAUCAAAACUUGUAAGUGCAUAAAUAUUAAAAUGAGUUAGCUUAUUUUCAUAAAAAGAAACUUUGAACUGCAUUUUGAUCCGCAUUAUUUUUGAUCUGCAUUUAUUUGGAAAUCUGUGUAGCAAAAAAAUUAUAUCGCAUUUUUGUUCCAUGUGGGAAUGUCAAAAAUGGUGGUAAAAAGCUUUAAGAUAAGACUUUUUUGUUCUGAUUUAAAGAUAUGCGAAAAGUUAACGGUCGUUUUUUUUAACAUGCUGGCGUGAGGCUUGAUGAACUUGAAAAAAUUUACCAAUAGAUGUCUUUUAGAAAAUUUUAACGUUCUUUGUUAUUUCUAUCGGUCAGAAAAUUGCCGACAAAAGAUUAAAUUUACUUGAAAAAUAACACAAACUUCAAAAUUUAUCGUUCGUUUCUUAUAUUUAUGGUUAUUUGACCAAAGCAUGGCAAAAUUCGUUCAAAAUUGAAAUGAGAAAGCGUGAUUUUGAUCAAUACAGAGUCGAACGUCUGCUGUUUCUAAUCCAGCGCGAACAAGAAAAACUCAAUUUCUUCUACGAGAGGAAAUACUGUCGAUUAGAAUGCGGACGAUUUUUCCCUCCAAUUCGGUGUUCGGUUAUUGAGAACCCCGUCAGCGGCGAGAGUGUUGAAAGAGCAGGAGAAGAUGAAGCUAGUCAAAGUGUCCGAUAUUCGAGAGUGUUCGGAACUUUCAACCAUGAUGACUUCCGAGCAGUUGAUGAGAGUGAAUUGUGUUCGGGGUGUGGAUACGCUUAUGUAGAUCAUUACAAGGUGUCUCAGCCGCCCCGUUGGACAAUUGAGGACAGCAAGUGGAGAAGAGAACAUCACCUGUUGCACAUAAAGUACAGCGAGAGGUCAUUCGGGGUCACUGUGAGUGAUGAAGUGCUGGGGCUGGAGAAGAGUGCCCAGAUUGCAGUGCUCUCAUCCGACACUCAUCCCGCUAUUGUGAUGGACAUCCUGUGCAACAAAUGGAAACUGUCAAUCCCAGAUAUUGUCAUCUCAGUGGUCGGAACUUCCGAUCGUUUCCCCCUCACGGCUUCCCAGCUGACCCACUUCAAGGGGGGAUUCUGCAGGGCUCUCUCCAGCUGUAGAGCGUGGGUGGUGGGUGGAGGGACUUUACAUGGAGUAGAUGCAGUUAUAACGGAAUGUGUAAAAGAAAUGCAGAUCUUGGAGUGGAUCCACUCGAAAUCGCCGAAGUUGUAUCUGAUUGCAUUCACCAACUGGGACUGCAUAGAUUCAAAGACUAAAGCGAACGAAUGGUUCUUCACACAACAGAACUCAGAUCCUUUUCCUUACUACAUCAGAAGAAGGAAAGCAGCGUUUGAUGAAACCACUCAGAAUCUGACGGCAUCUCUCAACCCCUUCUUCCCACACAUUCUGGCCAUACAGGGGGGCGUCAGGGGUCAACUGGCUCAAGAGUUAGAGGUCAGAUCGACUACCGAAGAAUUCCUAUCAAAAGCGUUUGAGUCGGAAGACCCCAACAAAGACAGCAAUAAAAACAACAAAAACAACAAGAGUAACCCGGGAAUGGGUAUUCCAACUGUACAGAUCCUAAUCGGGGGUCAUUUGAGUGACCUGGCGAGGGUGGCCAAAUCAGUGGCAUGUCAGACACCUGUAGUCAUAUGUCAAGGCUCUGGAGGUAUCUCAGACAUCAUCUUGUCGGCCCUGAAGAUGUCGGGAGUGACGGCUGACGCCUCUCAAAGUACAACCACUCUAAGACCCUACCAGGAGAACAAGCUAGUGCAUCAGUUGAAGGCCUUCAUGAACGAUUGUCGGAUUAGUAAGAGCAGAAAAAGUGAAGAGCGUGACAGUCCAGAGGGAAGACUGUUCUCAUCCCAGCUGAUGGAUCUAACUCCUCAAAUUGUACAUCUGAGGACGUGUGUCAGAAACAGGAAGUUCUUCACGAUGUAUCGCCUCGACAUGCCAGGUCUCGGAACCCCAUUGGACCAGUGCAUAUUACGAGCCCUCUUGACUGGCGCUACAACCCAAAAAGUAGACCCAGUAGCUCUGGCACUAAAAUGGAACCGGUGUGACGAAGUUGUCCAAGAAAUUUUACUUUCUGAAGGACAAGACAUUAACAUGCGAGCAAAUAUUGAAGACUUUGUCACACACGCUUUGCUCGAAAGCAAACUGGAGUUCUUGCAACUUUUCACCGACCUGGGUUUCGAGUUUUCGAAUUAUUUAAACCGAGCUAAAAUGGAAUUUAUAUUUGAGCAUUUAAUUGAAAAUCGUGAAUACGCGAAAAGAAUUUUCACGUCGCGCGUGAAAAAAAAUAUAGCGUUGCGUGAAAAACGGAUGAACUUUAUAAGCAGCGAUGGCUCAUUUCCAAUCAGACUCGAAGACGUGUACUUCGUGUGCUCUCGGUUUUGCGGCGUGAAACCUAUAGCUCAGACCAUUUUAAACACAAGCGGAGAGGAAAUUUUUCCGGACCCAGCAAGGGAGUUGUUCCUAUGGAGUAUUUUCUCGUGUGACCUGGAGAUGGCCGAGAUGUUCUGGAAAACAUGCAAGACUCCUCUGGCACUUGCCCUAGUGGCAUCCAUGCUGGCUAGACAAUGCGCCUCUUUUUUGCCCAGCGAAGAAAACAGCUUGGAAGAGAAGUUUGGCAAGAUAGAGAAAGCCUUUCUCCAGAACAGCAUGGCUUUCAUCGAAAAAGCUACGCGAGAUGAGGCAUGGACUUCAAAUGACCUAAUGGCUCUCAAACUCAUAACACGACCAAUCAGAAGCCUCUCUGACAUUCGAAUAGUAGACAUAGCUUAUUACAUAGGAUGUAAGGAGUUCCUAGCACAUCCUUGUGUUCAAGUGUAUGUUGAGAAGUCGUGGAAAAGUGGCGUGAAGAUGAAGUUCUUUCACGUGUUCAAAGCUUUCUUCUUAAUUCCAAUCAGAUUGUUUCUUCCGUGGAACUUUCAGGAGUAUUUUGACAGUUUGAAACCGAACCAAAACUCAGACGUGAAAUUUGAAGAAGUCGACACUGAGUUUUUUCUGCGCAAAUUCAGAGAGGGAAGCAGUUCUGAGUCGGUUAACGCUCAGCUACCUACGUCAGAUUCGCGCCAUAGCAUGUUUAACAACGGAAACCUCAUUUACGACAAAAGGAAACUGGAAGCUCAAAUUACAGACAGCCAGACUUUCCCAGCUGAGUCGCAGCUAGCUCCGGCAAAUUCCUCCGCAAAAUCGAUUUUCUACUCAAUUCACAAUUUCUACACUUCGUCAAUUUCAAAGUUUCUAAUUUCUCUAAUAGCGUAUGUGACUUAUUUAUUAGUGAUUUCGUCGCUCGUUUUGUAUGAUUCCAAAACUCCAAAUGUAUUUGCCAAGGAUUAUACUCUGUUUAUUUUAAAUAUCGCCCUACUUAUGCAGAGUAUUCAGCUGUUUUUCCAACCGCGAGUCUUCUUCGGCUACCGAGUGCAGCUGUGGUGUUACUGCGAGUGGAAUCUAGUCGGGUGCUCCAGCAUAUUCCUCGGAUUCCUCGGAUUCGCUCUCAAAAUGGCAGAUCAUCUGACUUCAUACUCCCUAAUAAAUGAAGCCCACUGUUUCUACUGUCUAUCCUGCUGUCUGGCGUGGGUGAGACUGAUCUCCUUCUACAUCCUCAACAGCACUGUGGGUCCCCUCUGGAUCAUGUUGAGGAAGAUGCUAGUCGAAGCUGUCUGCUUCCUAAGUGUCUUGGGGGUCAUCACUCUGGCUGCGGGAAUAACACUACAGGUGUGUAUGAACUCGUUCGACUACUCCGAUCCAUACAGUGGCUCACUCCAGUGGCUCAUACUGAGGCCAUACUUUAUGUACAAUGGACAGAAGUUCGUGUCCACUGUCCUCUCAACAGCCAUGGUCCCACCACCAGGUGUUAACGUGACCGAAGAGUUCUUGGCCGAAAAAAAGAACUUCAUCUCCAUUUAUAUGUGGCUAUUGCUCAUGUUUCUGUGGGUGGGAACUGCUCUGAUGCUCAAUCUGCUAAUUGCUCUCUUCAACGAAAUAUUCAAAUUCAUCAACCAGAGGUCUCAUUUCGAGUGGAAAGCCGAAAAUUUCUGUCUUCAACGCGAAUUCUCAGACCGACCAGUUUUACCAGCGCCGUUUUCAAUCUUUGAGUCUGUUUAUAAAUUAUUUUUUUCCCGCCGACGAAAUGAACAACCUCAAACCUCACAAGAACUUGAAAGCCAAGACGAAAAGUUGUCGACAAUGUUUCAACGUAAAUGGGCGACGGAAGUUUUGGCUGAAAAGCAGAAAAAAGUGCCACUAAAAGAGUCCGUUAAACAGACGAUCAAAUCGGCCGACAAACAACGAAGCAGAAUUGAAGAUUUUGACAUAAUUAUGAAAGAGAUGUUCAGGUUGUACCAGGAUAAAAGCCGGAGAGAGAAAGAAAAACUACUCGAGUCAGAUGCAAAAAGCGAAGAAACGUUAGAAGACUUGGAAAUUUGAUAAUAACGAAGAAAUGA